GAAAUAUCUACCUUUUCUCCAUCCCGUCCCGUUGCUUUGAGGCUUUUUUCCAGAAGGGUUUCCAGCGAUCGCGUUGGUUUUGGGGCCAUUUGUGUUUUUAAAGCCAGCAGAUCCAUCAUUAUCCCCCCUUCUCUCUCUCCCCUUCCUGUCUCUGGCUAAACCCACAAAACGUCAUUUCAUCCCACUGUGUCCCUCAAUCUCUCUUCCUCUCUCGCUUAUAAAUCCUUCUUCCGUUUUGUAGCUUGGAUUCAUCUGUUCUGCACAUACGGUUUCUCUUCUCAUUCGUUUGUGGAGAGUCCACAGUGUAAUUAUGUUCUUCUCCCCCUAAUUCCCUAUUAGUGUCUGGUGUUAGCCGGCGAUAUCGCCGGAGAAUGGCAUAUAUGUGCGCUGACAGUGGAAAUCUAAUGGCGAUCGCCCAACAAGUCAUUAAGCAGAAACAACUACAACAGCAACAGCAGCAGCAACAACAACAACAGCAACAACAACAAAUUCUCGGCGUCAACACUUUCUCACUGAACCCAUGGAAUGGAACCCAACAACCCAUCACCACUUCUCCGUCCUACGGUUACAGUCUCAACAACGCCGGAUUCUCCGACCCAUUUCCGGUGGCCGGGAACACGGAUACGGGGGAUGCGGUACUACCGUUUCCGCAGUUGGAAGAGCAUCAUCAUCAUCAUCAUCAUCCCACUGGGUACAGAUUCUUCGAUUUGGGUGGCAACACGGGUGGCGACUUCGACUCGGAUGAAUGGAUGGAGAGUCUAAUGGGCGGUGGAGAGUCGACGGAGAGCUCAGAGCUUCCAUCCGGCGGCGAUACUUGGCGCAGCAACUCCGAGUUCCCCAUUUACGGUAGUGAUCCCUUGAUCUCUUGUUCGAGUCGCCUCAACCUCUCUUCAUCCCCUCCCUCUGAUCUCAACCGCCUCGUCUUCUUGGACAACACUCAGAAGAUCCCCUCCACUCUUCAAACUCAACUGCCUCCAUGGGCUCCAUCGUCCCCUCCGCCACCACUGACACAACCACCAGCACCAGCGGCGAUUGAUGACUCUCCACCAGACAAGCAUCCCCAGAAAAGCCACCGUAAAAACGACGCCACCAGUAUCGCAGCUCAAUCACUAGAAAGCGAGUCCACUUCGCCUCUGCUGAAAUCCUUACUAGAUUGUGCCCGGAUAGCCGAUUCUGAACCAGAAAUCGCCGUGAAAUCACUUGUUCAACUCCGACAGCCGGCGUUCGAACGUGGCAGUCCAACAGAGAGGAUGGUUUAUUAUUUCUCAGAAGCUCUUUAUAGUCGGGUUUCUUCGAAAACUGGUAAAACCCUUUCUACGUUUGAAACAUCUUCCGAGGAUUUCACUCUCUCUUACAAAGCUUUAAACGAUGCUUGCCCUUACUCGAAGUUCGCCCAUUUAACUGCGAACCAGGCGAUUCUCGAAGCCACCGAAUCUGCGAUUCGGAUACACAUCGUAGACUUCGGAAUCGUCCAAGGAGUUCAGUGGGCAGCCCUCCUCCAAGCUCUUGCAACUCGAUCCGCCGGGAAACCUUCGAGAAUCAGAAUUUCUGGAAUUCCGGCACCGGCACUUGGGAACUCACCAUCCGCGUCUUUGUUCGCUACUGGAAAUCGUCUCCGUGAUUUUGCUAAGCUUCUCGAUCUAAAUUUUGAGUUUGAUCCCAUCUUGACACCGAUAACAGAGCUUAACGAAUCGAGCUUCCGAGUCGAGUCUGACGAGGUUUUGACUGUGAAUUUCAUGCUUCAGUUGUAUAACUUGUUAGACGAGACAUCAGAAGCGAUAGAGAGGGCUCUGCGACUAGCGAAAUCCCUCAGUCCCAGGGUUCUGACACUGGGGGAGUACGAAGCCAGCUUGAACUGUGUCGAUUUUGUCAGCCGAUUUAAGAACGCGUUGAGAUAUUACGCGGCGGUUUUCGAGUCGCUCGAUCCCAUGGGAAGAGACUCAGGGGAGCGACUCCAGAUCGAGAGGUUACUGCUUGGGAGGCGAAUCGGCAGUGUGGUUGGGCCAGAAGGGCUGAUCAGACGAGAACGGAUGGAGGAGAAAGAGAAGUGGCAGAUUUUGAUGGAAACUUGUGGUUUUGAAUCCGUAGACCUCAGCCAUUACGCAGUUAGCCAAGCUAAAAUCCUUCUGUGGAACUACAACUACAGUCCUCUGUAUUCCUUGGUGGAAUCGCCACCUGCGUUUCUUUCUCUUGCCUGGAACGAGGUACCUCUCCUCACAGUGUCCUCAUGGCGCUGAUGAAUUUUAACCAAAGAUAGAGAUAGCUUCUUUGCAGAUUCCACCUGGAUUUUUUUUCCUUUGGUGUGAAGGCUUCUGCUUUUAGCAAAAUCUGCCAUUGGUGUUAUUGUUUAUAGGAGCUGAUGCUGUUGUUCUGGGAAAUCCUCACUUGGGUUUCUUUAUAUGGGCAUAGAUAAUCCGAUAAUUCGCCAUUACUUCGUGUUUGAAGCUUCCUGAUCAGAACAAUUUAUAGUAAUUUUUUGCUUCUUUUUUUUUUCUUUCUCUUGAGAUGAGUUGACAGGUUUCAGUAAGACAAAACUGUAAAAAGAGAAAGUUGGGGAAGAGGACGUCUUCUUCUUUAGUCUUCUGUACAUAAUUUUGAAUCUUUUUGUAUUUUUUUACUUGUGAAAUGAGUUCAAUCUUCUUCUCUA